GCCGCCCGCCCGCCGCGCCGCCGGGCUGCGCGCCCGCUCUGGCGCUCGCUGGGGACAUGGCAUUUUCCAGCAUCUCAGGCGGGCUUCCAGGGGCAUCUUUUUAAGAGAGUCCGUAACAGAGUAUAAUGUUUCCAUCAGGCUCUUGCCUUGGCAACCACCUGCAGCCGCAAAGCGAGUUUAAAUCUCAGAGGAAGAGUGGUGACAGCUAUCGUUUCACUAUGUGCUGUAAUGUGUGAGAUUCUACCCUGAGAACCCUGGAGGUGGCAUUUGUCUGGUCUGGUUGUACGUAAUGAGAUAGAUCGCAAUGGAUUUCAGUUCCUCAUCCGUGUUUGACCAGCACAAAGCUGAUGCAGCAGAAGAGAUGGACUUGGCUGUGGUUUACCAAGCGGCAGCUAAUGGCGAUGUGAACACCCUGACUGCAGUGAUCCGAGAGGAUCCUUCCAUCCUGGAGUCUUGUGACAGAGAGGGUUGCACACCUUUGAUGCAUGCUGUGUCAGGACGCCAGGUUGACACAGUGAAGCUUCUGUUGAAGAUGGGAGCUAAUAUUAAUACUCAAGAUGCUUGUGGACGUACCAGUUUAUCUCUGGCAACUUACUUGGGCUGGCUGGAAGGCUGUGUCAGCCUGCUCAGGAAUGGUGCUAAGCAGAACAUACCUGACAAGAAUGGGAGGUUGCCACUACACGCUGCCACUGCAGAGCCUGACGUGAGGCUUCUGAGCUUGCUUCUGCAGCAGUCAAAUCUUAGUGAAAUUAAUCACCAGGACAAUGAGGGAAUGACUUCACUCCACUGGGCUGCAUUUCACAACAGACCCCAGCACACCCAGACUCUGCUGCACAAGGGAGCAGACCCGACUCUGGUGGACAAGGACUUCAAAACAGCUCUGCACUGGGCAGUACAGAGUGGCAACAGGAUUCUGUGUUCCAUCAUUCUGGACCACUGGCAGGGACCAUCAAUAAUAAAUUAUGAUGAUGAGAAUGGCAAAACAUGCAUGCACAUUGCUGCUGCUGCAGGCUACAGUGAUAUCAUCAGUGAGCUGGCUAAAGUCCCAAAGUGCAACCUGCAGGCCCUUGAUGUGGAUGACAGGACUCCUUUGCACUGGGCUGCAGCAGCAGGGAAAGCUGACUGUGUGCAGACACUGCUAGAAUUGGGGAUAGACAGCAGCCCUCGAGACAUCAAUGAAAACACUCCUCUGACAUACGCAAUAUACUGUGGGCACACGGCAUGCAUCAAGCUGCUGACUCAGGAGAGCAGUAGAUCUGAGUCAGUUCAUCAGUUUCACUCCCAGAACAACAGACUUACAAAGAAAGAAGGACGAUUCAGUAUGCUGAACCAGAUCUUCUCUUGCAAAAAGAAGAAAGAUGAUCAGAAAACCAGUCAGAAGGAGAGAAGCAGGGAUCAAUAUCCUGGAGAAGAGACCUCAGAAGUAGAUGAUAUCAUCACCCGUUUUGAUUGCAUUAUGAAUAAAAAUUGCAAAGACAUUCCAGAUGAGUGUAAGACCACCCCUGACUUUAAAAGAAAGAACACAGACACUAAGUACCUCAUAGCAGAAAAGAAGAAAUCAGUAUGUCAGGGACUCCCACCCAUCACCACCCAGAGCUUCCCCCCAAUCACUGCAGGCAAUUCCUUCCUCACUGCUUCCCAGAGCAAAAUGUCAAGGUUCUCCUCCAGCUCCAGUACCCACCAUUUUCCAGACAAAUCUCAAAAGAGUAGGAGUGAGCACAACUUGCUGGACAACACAGACAGCUGCCAGGCUUUGCUGGAUGAUCCCUGGAACACAGAUUCUAACCAAAGGCUCUCUUACAAAGUCUGUACUAGGACUUCUUCAGACAAACUGAUGAAUGGCUUGAACUCUGAUAGAUCUCACCAUGUGCUUUUGUGCCCUCCCUGCCUUCCCUCACUUCCCAGUUCUCCAUCAGGUAGAAGUUUUCAACAGAUGUCUGUAGACCAACACAAAAUGAAAAAUGUUAUUCCUGUACAGAGCAGCCUAGCUCCAAUACCCAACCAUAGUGCUCACAAAAUUCAUCUGCCAUCUCAGGAUGCUAAAAAGUUUAAGUCUCUACGGACUGGUGCAGUUACUCUCCCACCAGCUCCACUCUCCAGAUCUCUGAAAACAGGACAUUCUCAGAGUCAGAUCCUCUAUUCUCUUUUGCCUGGUUUAUCAGGAGAGCGUCUAAAACCAAGCUGUGUCCUACCUGCUAUCCCAAACCAGAAGAAAUCUAAUCCUGAGGAGGAGCUUGAAAAACCACUCACCAAAUCAGAUGCUGAAAAUUAAUUCAUUACAGUGGCUUAAAUUAGUUGAAAUAUGUCCAAGUGGCUGUUAAAAGAUAACUUUACAGCUAAAUCUCAUUCAUGUGCACUAAUGAUACUGUUGUGAUCUGGAGCAUAACAAAAACCAAGAUAAAAUAGCAUAUAACAAAAGCUGCACUGUGUGUGUAUAUAUAUGUAUUUGCAUUAUCAUUUUCAUGUAUGAUGAAAUUACUUAAUCAACAUUUAAUGUGCAGUAAAUUUAUUUUUUUUGAAUGGAACCCUCAUAACAUGAUUUUGUUACAGCACUGUGCUGUUAAGACUUUCACAGAAAAAAGGAACAAAGAGUAAGGUUUUCUGCAUGAUUUAAAAGUUGGAACUAGGGAAAAAAAUUGACAGGGCUUCUCUGUAAUUUGUAAAUGCAGAGGUGCUGGUUCUGAUGCUGUGUGCUGUAAAAAGAAUCUUUUUAAGAUUAA